AUGAGCUCAGGUCAAACCUCCAGCGACGAUUUCCCCAGUCUCGUCGGAGCCGACAACAUCGACGUCUGGAAAGCUCACUUGUGCGUAGCCCUCGACGGAAAACGUCUACGAGGCUUCGCGACGAAGCCUGACUACGAUGGUUUCUCCGAGGACGACACCAAGGACAGCGGGAGGGACAUGUCCGCCGACGACGACCCGCCGAAGAGCACGCCGGCAAAGACGGCUGAGAGCGACUCCGAAGCGGUCGACUACGACGAGAGUGACGACAAUGCCAAGCCCCAAUCCGGCUCUGACGACGACUUAAGUGGUGACUCGGGCACUGCGAUCGAGCGCAAGGACCUUUCCGUGAUAUUGUCGUUCAACCGCCGUAAUGCACAUCAAGCGCGGAAGCUGUUGAAGAACCCGAAUGCCAACCCUUUGAACCAGCGAGAGCGCCGUCACCAGGAAGUCAAGACCAAGGCAUUUCUGAUGAACACGAUGUCAUAUUCGGCUGCUGAGGGAGCAGUCUUCCAUGACAACCUUUACGUCAUCCAACACUACCUGAUGGAGAUCAAGUACGAAGAAGGCUUGGAUCUCACCGAGUUCUUCAAGUCAAUUUACCUGUUCCGCUCCAUGACAAAGCCGUGGACGGACGAUAUCCGCAUUUGGAAGGAUCAACGAAAGUACAUCCCGUAUGCGGACCUCAAGCAGAGUAUUAAGGGCAAGAACAAGCACAAGAACAAGCGCAAUGGGAAUGGGGCUGGUGAUAACUGCAACGGCAAUCGUCGCAAGAAUCGACAACGCCAAAACCCCCAAGACAGCUCUGACGAUGAUAUUUACCGUCAGGGUAAGUCCCGCAAACGCAAACGCCGCCAGGACAACUCGGGCAACGACGAUGAAGCCGAAGGCAACCGCCCUCAAGUCAACGUUGAUCUGGACACCACGUGGGCUAUUGGCUCUCGGUGUAGGCGCCAUGUGACGCAUGAAGCCCAGUGGCUCCCGAACAUCUCUACGAGUGGUGGUUCCAUCAUUGUCGGCGGAAAGAAUCAAAUCCCGAUAGAAGGUAUUGGACUCGUUGAGCUAGAAGUCAUCGACCCCAAAGGCAACAUGAAGAAGCUCAUGCUUCACGGCCACGACUUUCGCUUCAGCUUCGAUCGCAAAACGUGCGUCAUGCAGACCGAUGUACGCUUUAGUAUCAAGGCACCAAUGACGUACAACAUUGAUCUGUAUCAGUUCGAGGCCAUACCUGGAGUGAACGCAUCGGCACUCAUUGCCAUGUCGGGAGCCAAGCUAUCCGUGGACUCGACGGUACUGCGUCUGUAA